ACUUUGGUCUAUACCCUGAAGCAAAAAGUAAACUUAGCUAUAUUAACAUUAAUAUAUUAAUAAUUUCAUUUGUGAUGAUAUUACCAUUUAAAACACUGUAUAUUUAUGAUGAAAUUUUGCACACAACUAGAGAAAUAUGUUUCAUAUGGCUAUUUCUGUCAUAUUUAACUUUUAUUGAUAUACUAAAUAGCUAUGUAACAUACAUAAAGGCAUAAUCACGUAUGCCUUGGAAUCAUGUCCAUAAUACCACCACGAAGAAUUUAUAAUUUGGAUUGAAGUUUUUCUUUUAAAAUGAUUACACUUGAAGUUUGUGGAACAUAGCAUUUCUCUGAGUGCCAGUAAUAAUUUAACAUCAAAAUGGAAGACACAUUCAAAGUGAUUAGUUAUUACUCACAUUUUUGAAUACAAUAAUUUCACUUGUUAAGUUUUAUGUUAGAGGCAAAUAACUUCCCCAUAGGAGAAAAGUCUGAAUGACUUUCAGUCUUAUCAAUGAGAUCAAAACACUUCCCUUUGAAAGUAUUUUCCCUAUCAUUUUACAGUUAAAACUUUUUUUUUUUUUUUUGGAAAUAAUAAAAGUAAUCAGGCAUAUUUUCUUUUGUGAUUUGUAUUGUUCUGUACACUGCCUCCCUUUCCUUUCAUGGGUUGGCUCCCGGUUGGAAUAGGGGUGCUGUGACCCAUUCAGGAUUGAGACAAUGUGCAAGGCACUGCCUGCCUUCCUACUGAAGUUUGGGGCAGCAGGUUUCCAGGAAGUGGGAGUGAGCUUCACUUCAAACUGUGUGAGGGGUGGUGGAAAGGGAGGAUGCUGAUUAAAAUAAUAAACAACUGCCGGAGAGAGAAGUCGAUUGCCACACUGCUGUCAGAUCAGGGAGGGGAGCUGCAGAAGCUGGCUGAGGCUGCUCUCCCCUGCCACGGAGCCUGCAGAGGGGACCAGGAGACUUGCUGCUGCGAGAACUUUCUCCAGGCAGAUAGGACAACUUUUAAAACAACUUUAGUUCUGUUGCAUUGACAGCAUCCCUUAGCCCAGGCCGACCUAGGGAAAGGGACUGAAACUGGCUUGGUGGUUACCAUAGCAACCGGGCUGCUGGUGUCUGGGAGAGUGAGAACCGGUGGCCUCUUGUCCCGUGUUGGGUGUUUCCUCUGCUAAGAGCGCACUCUUCCUUGUUCGAACGCUCCCUAAGUCAUGCUCUUUGAAAACUGGCUCUUUACCCAGGAUUUUUUUUUCUUUUUCUUUCUGAAACCAGUCUGAAUGGAGGAAGUUGGUAAUACUUGGCUUUUUUUUUUCUUCUCUCAUACAAGUUUCCAGGAUAUAGCUUCUUUUUUUUUUUUUUUUUUGCUGUGUGUAAUUGAGAACAAACUCUAAGCUUGGGGCCCAGGAGAGAACCGUUGUGGCCUGCAGGUCAUUAGUGAGGUGAGCAGAAGGGAACCCUGGACUUCCCAGAGAAAGAGGAGACCAUGCCAGCCUCGUGGAACGCAGCUACCAGAAAACACAGAAGCGGGUCUAUCCCUUGCGAACUCUGAAGUCCAUGAAAAAACGGACCCACGGUGGGGUGGCUAAAAUGUCCCAGCGCAAGCUGCUGCUGCUGAUGGACCGUAGCUCAAGGGCAAGGCUUGUAAAGGAUUUUACAAAGGAUUUUAAAGUAUAGCCAGAAAAGAUACGGUUUUUAGAAGUGAAACGCUGUUGUUUGAAGGAAGUUUGCCGGAAAGAUGUAGGCUGCAAGGGUUACUGGACGAUGAUUGGUCUGAACUUCAGCUUACGGGAAUUGCUGACAAAAUUUGAAAAGGACAUCCAGGCGGAAAUCGAUGCCCAUAAUGACAUAUUUAAAAGCAUUGAUGGAAACAGACAAAAGAUGGUAAAAGCUUUAGGAAAUUCUGAAGAGGCUACUAUGCUUCAACAUCGACUGGAUGAUAUGAACCAAAGAUGGAAUGACUUAAAAGCAAAAUCCGCUAGCAUCAGGGCCCAUUUGGAGGCCAGUGCUGAGAAGUGGAACAGGUUGCUGAUGUCUUUAGAAGAACUGAUCAAAUGGCUGAAUAUGAAAGAUGAAGAGCUUAAAAAACAAAUGCCGGUUGGAGGAGAUGUUCCAGCCUUACAGCUCCAAUAUGACCAUUGUAAAGCACUGAGACGGGAGUUAAAGGAGAAAGAAUAUUCUGUCCUGAAUGCUGUCGACCAGGCUCGAGUUUUCUUGGCUGAUCAGCCAAUUGAGGCCCCUGAGGAACCAAGAAGAAAUCAACAAUCAAAAACAGGUGAGACUGGUUUCUUCAAUACAUCAUAAAAAACACAUGUUAGGGGAACAAAAAACGAGAAUCAAGUAGGAAAUUUCCUUAUAGCAUUUCAGGACCUAAUAUUUAAAACAUUUCUUCUAAGUGUUACUUUAAUCA